CCAAGCCAGCCAAUCACCCCAUCGCCCAAUCGCUCACCAGAGCCAAUCGGCAUCGAGCAAAGACCACCCCUCCCUCCUCCCCUGGCAGUAUAUAAGCCCAGCACCUGCUUGGUAUUCCAUCAUCCCAGCUCUUCAGAAGCAGUCUCCAGCUUCCACAGCAUUCUGCAGCCAUGAAGUUUUCCAUUGUAGCUGUUCUGGCCUUUGCCAUGGUAGUCCUGCACGGCAGUGAGACGGACGCCGCGGUGGUGAAGAGAGAGGUCCCCACUGACCUGGAAUCCCUCAGCAAGUAUUUCAAGGAGCUCUCCACUCUGUUCACCAGCACCACUCAGGACCUGGUGCAGAAACUGCAAGCCCAGGAACUGAACGCCAAGGCCCAGGCCUACCUGGAAGACGGCCGAGCCCAGCUGAAGCCCCUCGCCGACAGCGUCCAGGCUCAGCUGCAGCCCCUGACCGACAGCGUCCAGGCCCAGCUGAAGCCCCUGGCUGACAGCAUGCAGGUCCAACUCCUGGAGAUCUGGAACAAAGUCCUGGACUCUGCCAAGGCUCUGCCCGCCUCCUCCAAGUAAUAACCCCCCCCUCCCCACACACACAGCCGCCGUCCCCUGAGGAAGCCACUACCUCCGAGUCUGCUUUUAAUAAGAAAUCGUCUUUACCUGUCCCUCCCCCCCACCCCCACACGCACAAUUUUACUAGAAUUGACUGUGUAAUUGCUUCCAUGUUUUCUGUAAUAAAACCAUUUUUGAUUCUUUAA